AUGCUGCGAGCUCGCAUCUUCGGCUUCGACAUCUCCGCAUCUCACAUCAACAGCUGCAUAAUCCUCAUUCACGCCGCAGAAGUCUGCAAAGCUUUUACGGUGCAUUGGGAUGACCUGGAUUGUCUCCUAAGAGCGAUUUCUGCCAUGAUCCCGACUGCGCGAUGUCUCGCGGCUAAGCCGCCCGGUUUCUUCAAGCGGACCACCGAAGAACUGAGUCGGUUGACGCGCAUCGCAUGGAACGCCGAAGCAUUACAGACUCCAACCAAGCCAUACUACCUCCUCAAUUUCGAAGAUGAAUCCACCGUUGCAUCCUGCAAAACAAUGGCCGAUCGCGCUGUCGGGGGAUACAGUACAGCCAAUCUCGACUAUGUUCCUGCGGAUCCUGCUACCAAUACACCUGCACAUGCACGCUUUCAUGGCAGCAUUUCGACCAAGCUGCCUCCAAACUGGCGAGUCGAGAGGACGGGAUAUGCAGCAUUUCGUAACAAGGAUCGCGGGUUCUGGCUGUUUGGGCGUCUCUUCUGGGACGUAGACCCGUACACCUACCUUGCUUUGCGCGUCAAGUCCGACGGAAGACGAUACACUGUCAACAUCCAGACGGAUUCAAUUGUUGAGACCGAUAUCCACCAGCAUCGACUAUACACGCACCAUCACCGUGUCCGGCAGGCUCCGGAGGCAUCCUCGUCGCCUCUCGCGGCUGCGGCGGAGGCUUCCGAAGAGGAUGAACUGUCCAAGAUUCUGUAUCCCAAAGGCAUUCCUGCCGCCCUGUCAGAUGUCCCACCUGAGUCGACCAUCAUUUCGACGGCGAGUGCAACGACGUCAGGGUCCGGUGGAUGGGAGACGGUGCUUCUGCCGUUCAAUUCCUUUGUGCGGACGAACCACGGCAUGGUCGUGGAGCCGCAGACAUCGUUGCUUCGGCAGCGGAUCAGGAGCGUGGGAAUUGGCUUGACGGACCGGGUGGAGGGCCCGUACGAUUUGCGGAUUCACCGGAUCUGGGCGACGAACGGGAUGAGCGAGGAGGAAAUUGAAGAAGAGAGACGGAUCUGCGGGCCCAACGCGCUGCCAGUGGACGAGGGUGUCCGGACGAGGUGGGGAUCCAACCGGCCUCCAGAGAAGCAGGAGUCUUCCGAGCAACACGAGGCAACACGGCCACCGCCGCCAGUAAAAGGACUGAAGGGGCUGAAGUCAGAAUGGGAGCACUAA